AUGAGUCUAGGACCACCUGCCAUCCAGGAGUCAGGAGAUCUCUGGCUGCCAUCCGCCAGCGAUUUUGGUGGCCCUCUAUGGAAUCAUGAAGAGAGAAGACUUCUGCUGGUAUCUAACUCCACUCUUCAUGGAGGAGGAUAUCUACAACACUGUCAGCAGCAGAUCCAAGACUUCUUUGGAAAGAAUGUAAAGAGGAUCCUUUUUGUCCCAUAUGCACUGCAAGACAGAGAUGCCUAUACCAAAACUGCAAGAGACAAGUUCAUAACAUUGGGCUAUGAGGUGGACAGUGUCCAUGAGACACCAGACCCUGUGGAGGCUGUUAGGAAAGCUGAAGGAAUAUUCAUUGGUGGCGGUAAUACAUUCCGCCUGCUGAAAGCUCUCUAUGACAACAAGCUGGUAACUGAGAUUAGAAAGAGAGUUUUAGAGGAUGGGAUCCCUUACAUGGGAUCAAGUGCAGGUACCAAUGUCUCCACCAUCAGCAUCAACACCACCAAUGACAUGCCCAUCGUCUAUCCACCCACGUUUGCUGCCAUUGGUUUAGUGCCCUUCAACAUUAACCCUCACUAUCUGGAUGCUGAUCCCAACAGCAAGCAUAUGGGGGAAACACGUGAACAGAGAAUUGUCCAAUACCACGAGGAGCACGACACACCAUGUGUGCUGGGUCUUCGGGAAGGCUCAUUGCUCUUAGUGGAGGGAAACAAAGCCACCUUAUUAGGGAGCACCAAAGCACGACUGUUCAAGAGGGGGAAGCAUACUACAGAGUAUGAACCGGGCAGUGAUCUCAGCUUCUUACUGACAGAUGCACAGUGAGCUGCUACAUUAUGUGCAAUGCAAAAAAUUUUUACAAUAAAUGAUCAAAUCCA